AUGCCAGCCCUGGAGGAGCUCAGCGGUGCCAAGUCCAUCACUGUGAUCGAUAUCGCAGUGGAGCCGCCCCCGCCCGCCCGCGCCCCGCCCCGCCCCGCUGCGCAACUCUACCCAAGUUGGAAGCCGAGCCGGAGCGGUGACACUCGCGCCGAGCGCACGGCGGCGGAGGAGGCGGCGGCGGCGCAGCUCCCGCGAGCCGAGGCAGGCGAGGCGGCGCCCGCACGGCGGAGCGCGAACCGCGGGGGGUGCCCGCGCCGGGAGCGGCAGGAGGAGGAGCCGGGGAGGACGCUCGGCGGCGCCGGCGCCCUGCCCGGGAAAGUAAAGUUGGAGCCGGAGGCAGCGCGCGGGCGCGGGGGCCCCGAGCAGCGGGGGCCCGUGCCCCGGCGCGCCGAGCCCUAG